AUGUAUUGCCCAGUCUACGGUUGUAAUAGUGACAGCCAAUACACAAGUGAAAUCCGUUUUUUCCGUUUUCCAAAUGACAAAUCGGUAGAUCAGCAAUACAGGAGAAAAGCGUGGAUUGAAUUCUGUAAGCGCAAAGCAUUUAAACCAUCGUCGUCCACUAGAAUAUGCUCGCUUCAUUUUGCCGAAGACGCGUAUGAACAAGGACAGUCGCCACAGUUUUUAAAACGAAUACAAUGCAAUGAAACGUUCAGAAUACAAUUGAAAAGGGAAGCGUUGCCCACAUUAAAUAAACCAUUGAUAGAUCCAAGCACAAGUAAAACAAGGACUUAUACUGAGAGAAGACAACGAACAAAGGUAAUUUCUGACAAUUAAUGUCUGCGCAAAACAUUUAUUUAUUGAACAAGGGACUUUCAUUUUAUCCAUUUGCUACCAGUACACACCAAAAAAUGUUCUUUCAUUUAUAGGGCAUCACUGACCUUUUGAAUCCUGAAAGUUCAACAAGUAAAGCAGAUGAAGAAUACUCACCAGACGAGCAUUGCGAUGUUGAUGAAUGUCUAACUGACCCUACUGAAUGUACCGUAGAAUUAGACGCAUUGCCUAGUACAUGUACGUCGGAACAGACACGCGAGCCUGAAAUAUUUUUACACGAUUCUCUUCUUCGAACAAAAUCAACACAGACAACAUUUAAACCAUUUAAACCCGUGUCAAGAUCGGUUAGAACACAGACAUUAGCCGACGCAACUUCGACGUUUUUUCAAACAUGGAAACCAGUGACAAGAUCAAUCAAGACACAAACGUUGGGAGACGCAACUUCGACGUUUUUUCGUACUGAUUCGGAAGCUCGACCAGUAAACGAAGUCGUGGACAAUAUGGCAUACCAGGGAAAAUCCCUUAAUAUUGAGCAGAUCCAGACCAAUUACACUGCUACAACAGCGACAGAAGAAGACGUAGAGAGCAUACAUAGCAGUAACAGCGAGGAUUUAGGAAAAUCGGACAGUAUCUUUGUAGAAACCGAGCAAGCCGAAGGGGCAUCUACCGACAGCGAGGAGAGCUGCGACGAGUCGGAUGAACGAACAAUACUGCGGGAGGGGAAACCCCCACAAGAUCAAAUAAAACUCAUUGUAUUUGAAGAAGCGAUCUUGCACGUUCUUGGUAAAUGCAGACAGUGUGGUUCAAAAUGCAUCGUCACAAUGGAACACCAAAUCGGCUCAUCGUGCAAAAUUUGUAGCUCUUGUACAGUGGAAAAUAAUCACUACUUUGAGUGGAGAACAGGUCCCAUGGUGAAUAGAAUGCCUAUCUUUCAUUUACUUUUAGCGUCUGGAAUUCUUGCAACAGGAAUGGAAUCAGCUAAAGUUCUUCGACUUUUCAAUUCCUUAAAGAUUCCUAAUGUGAAGCGACGGGAGUUAUCAAAUAUUUUAAAGAAUUAUGGUAUUCCAGCUGUAUACGAAGUUUGGCAAAAAGAGCAAUCUGCACGGCUAAAAGAAAUUGAGGGAAAACCAGUUGUAAUUGCAUCUGAUAUGCGUGUUGACAGCCCUGGUCACUGUGGUCUUCUUGGAUCGGGAAGUACGCUCGACAUGGGACGAAACAUCAUAUUGGAUACACAAAUAAUUAAGGUAAUGCACAUUGAAAAUAAUAACUAUGAAUGAAAACUUGUGUUUGCGAAAUUAAUACUAAUGCAAAAUUAAUAAAUAAUUAACUAAUAAAUAGGGAAUAUAAAAUCAAGUACAGCCUUUUAAUAAAAAGUAAUAAUUAAUAGUAAUAAAAUUAAUUUUAAAUAUGCUCAUAAAUAGUUCAUGCUUGAUAGGCCUGUUUCACAUGUCCAACAUUUCAUGUGCGGGUGUGCCCAAGCAAAGGCAAAUGACCUGAAGUAACGUUAUAUUUGUUUGAGCUCAUUUGCAUUUGGUUAGGCACAUGAAAAUUGAGAUGUGAAACAGGCUUUAUAAUUCUGAGAAAAUUAUUGUCAUUUUAAUAUUUUCAUAGUCUACAGAAGUAAAAAAUUCAAAUGCAAUGGAGCUAGAAUCUUUGAAAAGGCAACUUAAAUGCUUGGAGGACAAUAAAGUUCAGGUGACCAAACUUGUGACAGAUCGCCACACUCAAGUCUCGGCAUACAUGGCAAAUGAGAAACCAGAUGUUGAGCAUUCUUAUGAUGUUUGGCAUGUGGCAAAAGGUAGGUAAAACUUACAUUACAUGGUACUGUAUGCCUGCAUGUUUACAUUCUUUGCAGGUAGGCAAAAGCAAUUUGCUAAGCUAGGGGCAGUGGGUAUUAAAUUUUCUUUACACUAGUGUUUAUUAUUUUAAAGGUGAAAAGAAGAAAUUGACAAAGCUUGUAAAGAAAAAGAAAUUCCAGUCAAUUAAGCCAUGGAUUGGGGUAAGUAAUACAUAUUACAAUGCACAGUAUUAGAUAGUAGACAGAUCGCACUAUUACCAAUAAUAUCAAUAAUGAUUAACAUGUUCAUUAAUUUUGUUGUUUGGCAGUCCAUUGUUAAUCAUAUUUACUGGGUUGGUGAUUCAAGCAAGGCUGCUGAUGAGAGGGAGGAAAAAUGGCGCAGUAUUCUGAACCACAUUGUGAAUGUUCACAAACAUGAUGGCCAUAAGACCUUUGUUGAAUGUCUUCAUGGCCCACUAGAAAGAGAAUGGCUUAAACAAGGUUGGGUAAAAUAAGAAGUUGAACUAUUUAUAGGCAUGUUUAAAUUCGACAUUAACUGAAUGUAGGCUAAUAAUAGUAUUGUGCCCAACUUCCCAAUGUGCCCUACUUUAUUAUUUACUCUCCCCUUGACAAGUAAAAUCGUCUGGUGUUAGAUAGAGUAAAAUACUGUAAUAAAGUAGGACGCAAUGCAACUAAAUGGGUUAACUAGACAAAUGGACAGAUAGGCCAGUUACCCAUUAAAUGCCAGCGCUCUUCCCUUGAUGAGUAAAAUCGUAUGGUGUUAGACAGAGUAAAAUAAUAAAGUACGGCACAUCAGGGCACAAUGCAACUCAAUGGUUAAAUGCCAGACGAUUUUACUUGGAGGGUCUUGCAUACUAACAGGUUAGUACAAGCAUUUAUAUUUUAUUUGUAUUAUUGCAGGAUCUGCUGCAUACAAAAAAAUAACAGAGAUGUUAACUAGGCCUCGACUAAUUACAGCAAUUCGUAAGCUAUCCCAAUACCAUCAAACAUCUGGUUUGGAGGCUAAACAUGCUCUGGAUAACGUCCUUGCGUCAAAAAACAUAUACCAUCCCUAUCAUUCAUUAAGUGCAAGGUGAGGUUCUCUUUUUCUAAUAUUAACAGCAUAAAGUUAACAUAUCUAUGUGAUCAUGUACAUUUGAGUUAGGUGUGCUACAUCUGUGGUUACACAGGCAAACAACAUUGUAGUUAUUUGAAAAAAUAGCAAACACCUAGCCUGCAUGUGAAUAUAAAUAGAGUAUUUUAAUAUAUUCGCGAGCUAGCAAACACCAGGUGGUUUCCUAUUUAGAUCAUAAAGUGUAUGGCUUUUGUUUUUUAAAAUUUGAUAUUGUUUCUGCAGGUUGUACUGUUCAAACUUGCACUAUAAUGAAAACAGCAAUAGGAAACAAGCUACAACAGUUGAUGGGAAGCUUAGAUGGGUAAUUUCAUAUCCCGAGGCAUUUAAAGGAGAAAAGGCAGUAGCAAAACCAUUGAAAGAAAUGCCAACCUAUGGUAAGAAUUAUAUUUUCCUGAUGUAGGCCUUGCAUGCUAGUUAGCCAUGAAGUGGCAAUUGUGUGACCUCAUCUAUUUCGCCUGAUGCUUUGAUUUAAUAGAGAUUAUUUGGCUCAUUAACCAAUUUCACUGCAAUGCCUCCAAAUAGAUCCUACUUUAUUAUUUUGCUCUGCCUAACAUGCAUCUCAGCUGGGAGCAAGUCACUGACAAAUAAUAAUAGGUGCAAAAAAGAUUUUAAGUUAAAAAUUUAUUUUUAUAGGAUAUGUGGAAUUGAUUUUAAAUGAAGUUGUUCACCCAAGACACAAGUACCCAACUCUUAAGAAAGCCAAGGUUCAUGCGAAUGAAGUUCUACCAGUUGAACCAAAAUCAUUAGUUGAACAGUACUUGGCAGGAAAGGAUCGACCUUCAAAGGAACAGGUGGUAGCCAGUCGGAAAUCUCGGUUCAGUAAACCAGCUUUACCUGUAAAUAAAGAGAGAGCAUCAGAGAUAAAGCCUUGUGCAUGCAAAGGAAAAUGUGCCACAAGAAUGUGCGAUUGUAGGGGAAUGGAAGUGAUGUGUGACACCAAGUGCAAAUGUAAAAUAGAAAAGUGUAUUAACCGCGAAUGA